GUUGCCGCCUGAGGCAUAAGUCAGCAAGGUCGUCCUGGAGCUGCGAUUUUCCGAUUCCGCCUGCCUGUGAUUGGACACUUGAUCAAUUUUGCAACUGAGUUGCUUCUAUCAAUCACCACCACGAUAGUGCAAGUGCACAGCGAUGCCAAAACUCAGCUUCACCCCCUGGAGGGACUCGUUGGAGUUAUUGAGUAUACGCUCGCAAUUCUAUCCCCCCUCCUCGUCAGCGCCGGACCUGCGCCGUAAUGCCUGCCGCACCGUCGAAGCAUGGAAGCUUCGUGGCCAUCUCCCGCAUACAGUCGAAGCAACAGCGCUUCUAACCGAUGCUAUUCUGCACGACGAUGCAGCGCGCAACUCGGUCUUUUCGAUUCGCGCGACUUAUGCGGCUGCUUUUUGCAGAUUCGUCACUGGCCUCGUCGACUCCAAGCUCGGCGGCCUGCGACGGACCAUGUUCCAGAGAGCUCUCCACAUGGGCCUUCCAGCCUCCUUUGUCGAGCUGCGCCAUGAGGCGACGCAUCGCGAGCUGCCGUCUUUGGUAGUUCUGAGGAGCGCCGUGCAUAGAUCACUGGAGUGGCUGUGGGGGUAUUAUUGGGUGAGGAUUGACGGUGCAGCACCAGUAGCAGCAGAGAAUGGGGGUGGAAAUGGGAAUGACUAUUUGUUGGGUGGGACGAGAGGGCAGAUUAAGCAGAGCUUACAGCAUCUAUUGCAGGCCGAUCCUGCUCCCGCGAAAAAGAAAGCUCGCGCUCAGGCUGUAUCUGUCGUCUCACAGAGUCUAAUACGUAUCUGUGAAAGCGAAUCUGACGGGCCGCAAGUGCUGGCACGGGUUUUGCUUGAAGAUGAUAUUCUGAUUCCGAGCGAGAGAGGGGCUGGCACGUCAAUAGACGGCGUGUUUUCGACGUGGGAUAGCUUGCUACAAAAAAUAACAGAAUCUCGUCCGUCGUUCCUGACAGUGUUGAUGGAAGAGAUGGCACUGGACCUGAUCAAGUCUGGUAAAUCAAAUACAAAUACAAGUUCAGAAGAGGCGGAUUCAUAUGCAGAGGGGGUUUAUAUGUGGCUGGACCAUAUUGUGACAUCUGUGGCUUGGGAAGGUUAUAGAUUGUAUAUUUCGGUAUCCUAUCUGCGUGCCAUUUGUCGUGAGAUGUCCAAUCGCUGGACGGUAAUGCUGGAGCAGACAUUAUCUAACAUGUCUUCUGUGGGUGAGGUUGAAGAUAGCACGGCGAAUGGCCGAGCUGUUGAUUUCGAUAUCUAUUUCGAUGACGGAUGGGAGACGCUGGGGAUGAACUUAAGGCCCAUUGGAGUUGAAAGCAGCUAACACGAUACUCUACUGUACAUAAUAAUAUAGAUAAACAACGGCCAGUGCCGAAUAAUAAGUAAUAAGUCAUAAGUCUGUAA